UUCUUAUGCCUUUUCACUUCUAACGUUUGACAGAUUAGCGUUCGAGGAAAUGCUAUCAAAGUAUGUAAGAAUCUCACUAACAAACUAGAAUCGCAAGUGACUGAAAAUGUAUACUAUUUUUCUGUCCUAUUACAUAAAUUUUAAGUUAGAAAUGAAAAGAUUUGCCAUCACCAUGGAGUUUUAAAUUAGGAUUAUGAAGGAUCUAAGUUUGGACUCCUCAAGUAAACUGGAAAUGUUUCGUUAUUUUUCAAAAGUUAAAAAAUAAAUUUCUCAUUACUAAUGCUUGGACAUUACAAAUUCUACUGCAAAUAAAUUCUACUGAAAAUGAUCAGAUAUAAGAAAACUUUUGAUAACACAACCUGGCCUCCAAGGCAUAAACUGGUGUAAAAACAUUCCUCAAUUCUCAGGCAUUUGUAAGGGCAAGAGAAAGUCUCAUUUUGUCAUACAGUUUGUUUAUUUGGGCACUGCAGUACAUCUGGCUGAAGACAAUCAACAGCAGGCCUAUUAUCUGUUCCGUGGCAAGCAGUGUUAAAAUGUGUACCAAUACUAUGAUGUAUACUACACUGUUAAUGAACUAAUGUGAAAAGAAUAAUCUACUUUAAAUCAUUCUAGCAUCUAAUACAGAAGUCCAGUCAAGUAUAAAAAGAUGGAAAUUACUUGCUAAUCCAAUUUCAAGUAUUUCUUUUUUGUGAAAGAAUCAUGAAAUAUCCAAAGAUUUAUGUCACUAAACUUAAAAAUUAAAGCUGAACACUAUUAUACAAAAGCCAGUGACUUGUGCCUUUAACUGUCUACUAAAGGUCAUAAUCUAAAAAGUAAUCUUAAUCCUAGAAUAUUUAAUAAAGAGUUUUUCCUCCCUACUAUUAAUAUGAAAUAUAGUCUCCAGUUAGCAUUGUUUAUUACAUGCUACUUUUGUUUGUAUAACUCAAUAUAUCACAUUUCUUAUUUUCAAUUUCUGUAUUUUAAUAGUAUACAAAUGUUAGCCAAUGACAUAUAACAACCAUUUCUUAUAAAACCUUGAUGUUCAAAAGCCUGACUAGCAGUGGCAUCCAUGUUGCUUAGGAGUUGGUUUGGAAACAAAGACUUUCAGGCCCUACCUAUACUAGCUAGAUUGCCAAGUAUGCCCACGGACAUGGAACACACAGGACAUUACCUACAUCUUGCCUUUCUGAUAACAACAGUUUUUUCUUUGUCUCCUGGAACAAAAGCAAACUAUACCCAUCUGUGGGCUAACAGUACUUCUUCCUGGGAUUCAGUUAUUCAAAACAAGACAGGCAGAAACCAAAAUGAAAACAUUAACACAAACCCUAUAACUCCUGAAGUAGAUUAUAAAGGUAAUUCUACAAACAUGCCUGAAACUUCUCACAUCGUAUCUUUAACUUCUAAAUCUGAACAGGAGCUUUAUAUACCUUCUGUCGUCAGCAACAGUCCUUCAACAGUACAGAGCAUUGAAAACACAAGCAAAAGUCAUGGUGAAAUUUUCAAAAAGGAUUUCUGUGCGGAAAACAACAACAACAUGGCAAUGCUAAUUUGCUUAAUUAUAAUUGCAGUGCUUUUUCUUAUCUGUACCUUUCUAUUUCUAUCAACUGUGGUUUUGGCAAACAAAGUCUCUUCUCUCAGACGAUCAAAACAAGUAGGCAAGCGUCAGCCUAGAAGCAAUGGCGAUUUUCUGGCAAGCGGUCUAUGGCCCGCUGAAUCAGACACUUGGAAAAGAACAAAACAGCUCACAGGACCCAACCUAGUGAUGCAAUCUACUGGAGUGCUCACAGCUACAAGGGAAAGAAAAGAUGAAGAAGGAACUGAAAAACUUACUAACAAACAGAUGGGUUAGUGAAGAAAAAUGCAAAGUAGCAAUGAGAAGGGUUAUGGAGUAAAAAUGAAGUCAGUUGGUAUUUAAUCCCAAAGUGUUGUUCUGAUGAUCUAAAAUUUGACAUGGUAGACCCUGCAAUUUAGAAUCAAGCAGGUGAGACAGGGAGAAAUAUGCCUGCUUAAUUACUUAAACUGUGUACUUUUGUUUUGACACUGAAUAUUUUAAAAAGCAAAUAAUAAAAUAACUAAGCAUUUGAGGAAAGUUUUAAGGAUAAAUUGAGGAAACUGAUUAAUAGAGAUAGCAAGGGAUAAUUAAAUAAAUAUUCCCCAUGUAGCAAUAGUGGUUAGAUGAUCUUUGUCUGAAUGUAAUUAAACUUUGAAUAGUUUUAGUGUGUCCUUAAAGCCAAGUAUAUGCUUUAACAUCAAAUGGAAGUCAAAUUCCUAAUGCAUAGAUAGAGCUAAACUGUGUUAAUUUAAUGGUAUCUUCUUUGCUGGGUGUGGCAGAAUCCAUACCAGCUUAUCAAUCAACACAGUUAAUUUUAGAAUAGAUCCUUUAUCUUUCCAUAUGGCACACGUAAGAAAGUGUUUUUUUACUAUUAAUAUUAAAUUAAAACCUUUACUUUUGUAUAAUAAAUUAAAACUCAGAAUAAACCUGUGACCAUGUA